AUGUCUGACGAAGCAAAGGAAAAGCGUGAAUUAGAAAGCCAAAAGGAAUCAAGUCAUAAUAAAUCCGAAAAGUCUGUGGAACCUAAGCCAAAGAGAAGAAGAAGAAGAAACUAUGACGAUUAUGACGCUGAAGUAGCAAAAGAGGAGACUAAGGCUAAAAAUGGUUUGACGAAGAGCGAAAAUAAUGGUACUGUUGAAGAUUCUGAAUCUGAUAUGGACGAUGCCAAGUUAGACGCAUUGAUGGGAAAUGAGGGAGAAGAAGAAGAGGACGAUUUGGCAGAAAUUGAUACCUCUAAUAUCAUCACAUCCGGAAGAAGAACACGCGGCAAAGUAAUUGACUAUAAAAAGACUGCAGAAGAAUUAGACAAGAAGGAACCUAGCACAGGCUCUAAAGAUGAUGUAGGAUAUGGUGAAAAAGAAGAAGACGAUGAAGACGAAGAAGACGAUGAUUUUAAAGAGUAG